CAAAUUCUACAUUCUCAUAUUAAAAAUUAUAUAUUAGAAAAUAACCUUUUAGAUAUGAUUAUAAGCUAAAAUAUUUUUGGGCAAGGUUUCGUCAAACAAUCCCAUAGUGCGUCGUGUCGUGACAACACAACCGUGUCGUCGCAAUUUUAGUAACAUUUUGUAAAAUAUAUGACACAGUGUUAUGUUACUACUCGCGUUAUCAUGUUUAACUUCGAUGUUGCUGUCCGAUGGGGCAGUAGUUGUAACGACUACGGGGCCAGUGAGGGGGAAACUCAACCGAGAUCAUAACGUGGAGUACUAUUCGUACGAGGGUAUACCAUAUGCUGAAAGUCCUACCGGUGCACUACGAUUCAAGGCACCCGUCCCCAAACAUGCUUGGACCGAAGUGCUGGACGCUACGAAAGCGGGGCCAGUUUGUCCACAGCCUGUGGGCCAGUACAACAAGACCCAAAUGUCCGAAGACUGCCUGAUCCUAAAUAUUCAUGUACCAAUCACUGGAUCGGGCGAGUUGCUGCCAGUGUUCGUGUUCGUACAUGGCGGCGCGUAUAAGACGCUGUCUGGUAACACGGACGUGCUGUAUGGACCACAGCUUUAUUUGAAAAGAGAGCUCAUUUAUUUGUCCGUGAAUUACAGGUUGGGAGCUCUAGGAUAUCUGUCUCUUGAAAAUGAAGACUAUCCAGGAAACGCUGGCUUGAAAGACGUCUUACUGUCGUUAAAGUGGAUUAAAGCAAACAUAGAAAGAUUCGGAGGUGACAACAAGAAGGUAACAAUAGGAGGAAGCAGCUCCGGCUCCUCAAUCUGCCAUUACUUGAUGUUGACAGAAAAAUCCAGGGGUCUUUUCAAUCAGGCUUUGCUUACAAGUGGUAGUGCAGUCAGUUUCAGAUUUAUACAGAAUAAUCCAAAGGAGAACGCACUGGCUCUGGCCGAUAAACUGGGGCUACAUACAGAAAAAUUGAACCACCUUGUUCAACGCCUUACUGAAACGGAUGCUUUCGAUAUAGUGAAUGCGCAGGAGAGUAUAUUGGAAAAUGAGAGAAGUCAGAUGAGACCUUUCGCUCCUUUUGUUCCCACCGUGGAACCCGACUCACUGGAGGCAAUAAUCACGAAAUAUCCCUUCGAUAUAAUAAGGUCAGGCGUACCGCACAAAGUGCCGGUACUAGUUGGAUUUAAUUCGUUGGAAGGCAUAUACCACUGGGCUACUAUAAAGAAAAAUAAAACACUAGUGGACCAUUUGCCUAAACUUUAUACAGACUGCAUUCCUCCCGAUGUCGCGUAUCCGAAAUACACAAGACAUUAUCAAAAUUUGGUUAACUCGAUCAGCGAAGUUUAUUUUAACGGUAAUGAUUUAAACAACUUCACGCUGCACAAUUUCUUGGAAUUGCUAUCUGAUACCCAGUAUACAUUUAAUGUCGACCACUGGAUAAGGGUCUAUAAAAAACAAAAUUCAAAUUAUGACUUGUAUUAUUACUUGUUCGAUUUUGAUGGACAGUUAAAUUGGGCGAAGUUGAACUACAACGUGACGGAGGUCGCGGGCACGGCGCACUCCGAUGACUUGGGCUACCAAUUCGUCACUGAGAGAACCAAGAACUUACUAAAUGAUAUAGACUCAAGAACUCGACGCAUGGUAGACGUAAUGAUCACUCUAUUUACUAAUUUCAUAAAACACGGGAACCCAACGCCGAAUGGUUACGAAGGAACAAAAUGGCCGUUGUACGACAGAGAAGGUAAAUACCUUGUUCUGUCAGAGAGCCCCUCGGUGGGGGGACGCAGGCCUCAAGCUCGGCGACUAGACUUCUGGUACCACGUGUAUCAAGAGUUCGAGGAGUACAUCAACUCUGGAGGCCAGAUGGCAGACUAUAAUUAAGCCAGUUCUUCAUUAUUAAAAAAAUAUAAUCAAUACAUAUAAUAAAAUUGAA